GAUGCUAGGGUCGGACGAGAAUGGCGGCGGGUUGUCGCCGCGCCGUGUGGUGUUCGGUGUUGCCGGCGGUAGGUUACUGGCACACCGGGCUGGCUGUCGGUGUCCUUACCGUCCUGUGUACGGGUACGGGUGCAGGAGCUGUCGAUAGGACUGACUUGAAUGAUCUGCUUCCAUACUACCCUUUGGAGCAUGGCUCACGGCAUUCUCACAGAUACAUCAGAGACUGUCAGCCUAUUGUGUUUAGGAAUGUUACACAUGAGACUUGGCCUGCUGAUAAAUCCUCUCAUCUUCCUGUUGCUAAAUCUGCUGUGUUCGUUUCAAAGUUUCCCACUGAGGAAGGGAAGACUAAAACGGUGACUGGCCAUUUCACCUUUGUGAAUAACCCACUGAGAACCGUCUCAAUUUUGGAGCCACUGAAACCAGGAGGAUGCAGUCACUCGUACCGAGCAACUGUGCAAGAAACUGCCAAAUCCAGCAAGUGUUUGGUGGCCCACAAUGCUGGAUUUUUUGACACGAAGGAAGGACUUUGCUUGGGUAAUGUUGUGAGUGAUGGAAAACUGGUACAAGAUGCAAAGGGAAUUCAAAAUGCACAAUUUGGGAUCAAGAAGGACGGCACUUUGGUAUUUGGGUAUCUAUCAGAAGAGGAUGUUCUGGACAAUGAGAAUCCAUUUGUUCAGCUUGUGAGUGGGGUUGUGUGGCUCCUGCGAAAUGGCACCACUUAUAUUAAUGAGAGCCAGUCAGCUGAGUGUUCAGAGUCUCAAGAAACAGGAUCUUUUGAAAAAUUUAUCAACGUGAUCUCUGCACGAAACGCUGUAGGACAUGAUGAAUAUGGAAGGCUUGUCCUGUUCCAUGUUGAUGGACAGACUGGAGAAAGAGGGCUAAAUCUCUGGGAGGUUGCCACGUUUUUAAAGAGCCAAGGGGUUAUUAAUGCCAUUAAUUUGGAUGGAGGCGGAUCGGCUACUCUGAUAUUUAACGGAUCACUUGCAAGCUAUCCAUCAGAUCACUGUAAAUCUGAUCCCAUGUGGCGCUGUCCCCGCUCUGUUUCUACGGUCAUAUGUGUACAUGAACCUGAGUGUGUACCCCCAGACUGCAGUGAACACGGAGACUGUGUACUUGGAGAUUGUUACUGCAGCGGCUUUUGGUCUGGGCCAUCGUGUAAUGUACUGAACUGUGGACCCUUAAACUGUACUGUCCAUGGAAUCUGCUCUGAGGGUGGUUGUCUCUGUGAUGCUGGAUGGACGGGACCCAACUGCACAGAUGUGUGUCACCUUGGCUUCUAUGGGGAUGGCUGUAGGCAGGAAUGUCGCUGCAGAAAUAAUGGGACUUGUGAUGCGGUUCACGGUGUCUGUACCUGUCUGCUGGGCUACCACGGAGAGUUCUGUGAACAAGAAUGCCCCCGAGGGUGGUACGGACUAAAAUGCCAGCAGUCCUGCCACUGCCCAAGUAUGUGCCCUUGCCAUCCGGUGACUGGUAGCUGUAAUGCCACCCACGAUUCUGGCUUUAAUGACGACUUGUACAGAGUACAUCAGUGUCUAGCUUCACAGACGUCUAAACUCUGGAAAGACCAACAUGGCUUUGAAGAAGAUUCGCAUUUAUUCAAAGAGAAAACUUGGCUGAUUGUAUCCAUCACCCUUCUCGUCUUGCUGUUACUGAGUGUAGCAGGAAAUCUUUUCCUGGUUUGCCAAAGAAAUGUUCGCUCUGGAUUCCACGGCGAGUAUUCAUAUCAAAGACUAAAGGACUCUAAUGGAUUAUCUUGUGCUGAUAUUCCAGAAAUUAUCCCAUUAAAGCAGAGUGAUACAUCCUUUGAGGAGAACAACAGGAUUUCAGAAAAUAUGAAUUUUUAGCAACUUUUGCACAACCAUGACAAUGUGGUCUUUUUGCUGCCUUGUUCUACUUUUUGCCAAAGUGGCUGGACUUUUUAUUGAAACUUGGGAGAAGUUGAAGAGUUUCUUCUGGAUUGCACCUUGUGUCAAUUGUCACCUGGACAUUCACCCUCAGGAAAUGUAGCACUGUGAAUGCAGACUGUACUGCUGUGUAAGUGUAACGAAGUUUACGUAGCUGAGAAUAUAUUAAUUCACAUGCAGUGAAACUCACUUGUGCAAAAUUUGCAAGAUGUUCACGCCUCAUAGUGACUUAUUGAAAUAUUUUUAUUUGUGCUUAUAUCUACACUCAGUGGCCAUUUUGAUAGGUGAUCUUCUGCUGCUGUAGCCUGUCCACUUCAAGGUUCAACGUGUUGUGUAUCCAGAGAUGCUCUUCUCCAUGGUUAUUUGAGUUACAGUCAGCUUCCUGUCAGCUUGAAUCAGUCUGGCCAUUCUCCUCUGACCUCUUUCAUUAAGAAGGCAUUUUCACCUACAGAACUGCGUCUUGUUUUUGUUUUCGCACCAUUCUCUGUAAACCCAAGAACAGGGGCUCCCAGUCUGUUGUUCACAGUUAAUGGUAGGAGUCCAUGUUACAAAAAAGGUUGGGACCCCCUGCUCUAGAGGCUGUUGUGCGGGAACAUCCCAGGAGAUCAGCAGUUUCUGAGAUACUAAAACCACCCUGUCUGGUACCAAGAAUCGUUCCAUGGUCAAAGCAACUUGGAUCACAUUUCUUCCCCAUUCUGUUGUUUGGUCUGAACAGGAAUUGAACCUCGUGACCAUGUCUGUAUGCUUUUAUGUAUUGAGUUGCUGCCACACAGUUGACAGAUUAGAUAUUUCCAUUAACGAGCAGCUAUACAGGUGUACCUAAUAAAGUGGCCACUGAGUGUACUACUUAGUUUCCUUCCCUCAGCACCACCCCCACCACCUAAUCUUCCAAAGUCACAUGGUUGUGGUCUUCUGGAAGGUUAAGGGGUGAAAUUUGCAGGGUAUUGAGGGGAAAGAAUGGGCUUGGUAUGGAAAUGUCACGUUUGUUGGGAAGCCUGUCCCUAAAAGGUAGAGCCAGUUUGGUAUGGAAUAUAGUUACGAAUAUCUGGUACGUGCAAAGAUUCGUUGAAAUUUAAUAUUUCUUCCUCAAACCAACCUUCAUGCUCAGUGAGCUAUUAAUUUUAAAUUUGAGAUAGAAAUGUGCUUUAUUAAUCAAAGCAGUUAGGUGAAUGAUGCGCGCGCGCACACACACACACACACACACACACACACACAAUGCUGGAGGAACUCUGCAAGUCAGACAGCGUCUAUGAAGGGAAAUGAACAGUUGACGUUUCAAGCCGAGCGUCUUCAUCAGACUGAAGCAUUGACUGUUUAUUCCCUUUCACAGAUGCCGCCUGACCUGACUUGCUGAAUUCCUUCAGCACUGUGAGUGUGUCUGUGUGUGUGUGUGUGUCUGUCUGUGAGUGUGUGUGUGUGUGUGUGUUGCACAAGAUUUCCGGCACCUAAAUCUGUUAUAGCUCGAUCAUGCACAUACACAAGUUAAUAGUAGAAGAAUUUUACACUGAAAUUUGAUGUAAACUCUGCAUUUUUGAAAAUUUUAGUGGUUUAGCUAUCUCUGCACUUGGUGAGUCUUUGUGAAAUGUGUUAACAUAAUCCCGAGAGAAGUAAAUGGACAGUAUGUGAAGAGUAAAAUGGGGACAAAUUGCUGGAUUAACAUAGUUACAUUCUGCUCUUGUCCUGUCACCAUGUUUUUAUUAAGAAAAUAUUUGUAUGCAUCUUGGAUUGCACAUUAAUUUUAGGUAUAAGGGAAAAUUAUGUAUGUUUUUAUUUUAGUAUUAAAUGGCACAAAAAUGCAAAGGUUUAACCACAAGAAGGUUUCACAAAAUCUUUCCUACUUUCUUCUUAAAAUAAGACCAUAAGACAAAGGAACACAAUUAGACCACUCAAACCAUCAAGUCUGCUCUGCCGUUCCAUCAUUGAUCUAUUACAAGGGUUCCCAUCCUUCUUUAUGCCAUGGACCCCUACUAUUAACCAUGUGGUCCGUGGGCCCCAGGUUGGGAAUUUCAGAUUUAUUAUAUAUUAUCCCUCCCAACCCAUUCUCCUGACUUCUCUUUGUAACCUUUUGAUGCUCUGACUAAUCAAGAACCUAUCGCCCUCAGCUCUAAAUAUACCCAAUGACUUGGACUCCACAGCUGUCUGUGGCAAUGAAUUCCACAGAUUCACCAUCCUCUGGCUAAAGAAAUUCCUCCUUAUCUCAGUUCUAAAUGGGCGUCUAUUCCCUCUAUUGUGAGGCUGUGCUCUCUGGUUCUAGACCCCCACUAUUGGAAACAUCCUCGUCACUCCCACACUAUCCAGACCUUUCAAAAUGUGUAUUAAUAACUUUUAAAGUGUCUGAUUUUUAAAUGUGAAUGGAUGGAGCCUUACUUUUUCCAAGUUUGAGGCAACUAAAAUUUACGAACUGGGGCCUAACCAAGGCUGUAGAUUUGAAAAUGGUAAAAAUGCCAGUUCCCAUUGACGCACUCAUUGUGUUUUGUAUAUUUGAGGCAAGAUUCAGUUUGUGCACAAAGUAUUCUUGGGCCAGCCAAUGCAAAAAUGUGCAAUAGAUUAGAUUUGCUGCCGUGAUCUGUUUUGCAGAUGAAUGGAAUUUUAAGCAUAUUACAUAACCAAGGAAAUUUCAGUAGGUUUCAAUAGGUACAUUUAAUGUCGGUGAAAUGUAUACAAUAUACAUUCUGAAAUUUUCCUUCUCAAACAUCCACGAAAACAGAGGAGUGCCCCAAAGAAUAAAUGACAGUUAAAUGUUAGAACCCCAAAGCCCCCCAAUUCCCCCUCCCACGAAUAAGCAGCAGCAAAAAAAAUGACCACCCACCCCCACCAGUGAAAAAGCAUCGCCACUCCCCCCCCCAUCUGAGCACUUAAACAUGCAGCAAAGCAUCAAUAAAGACACAGACUUGCAGUACCCCAAAGACUACUCGUUCACCUGGUAAUUUGACAUACCACAGGCUCGCUCUCUCCCUAAUAAGGGAAAAAGAGGUAUCCCCGGUGUUUUAUCCACUGACAGAUCACAACUCUCCUUUUUGUCAGAAUAAUUACCAAAGCCACAUCGGUACGGUCAUAAAAUGGACAAGUGAGACCGUGUCUUGUUAAAAUAUCCAGGAAAAUUUAAACCCAAGUAAUUAAAUAAAUCCAGAAAUAAAGCUGGUCUCGAUAAUAUGAAACUACUGACUUGUCUUAGAAACCUGUCUGAUUGGAUAACACCUACAAACUGCUGGAGGAACCCGGGUCAGACAGCUACUAUACAGAAGAAUAGGCUGUCGAUGUUUUGGGCUAAGACCCUUCAUUGUGUGCCUGAUGAAGUCCUAAUAAAGAGUCUCAGUCCAAAAUCCUCUCCAUAGACAUUGCCUGACCUGCUGAGUUCACCCAGCAUAUGUUCCUCUGGGAAUUUAGAGCAUUACAGCACAUAGACCAUUUGGGCCAUCUGGGACUUCUUCAGCUCCUGGUCAACAUUAUUGGCCCAAAAUGUCGACUGUUUAUUCAUUUCCAUGGAUGCUGCCUGACCUGCUGAGUUCCUCCAGCAUUUUGUGUGUGUUGCUCUGGAUUUCCAGCAGUCGCUAAGUCUCUUGUGUUUCUGGUUGACUAAUAUCCUUUAGGGAGCAUGAUCUACCAAGCCUAAUUGUGUCUGGCCAUCAUGUGACUCCAGGCUCACUAAACUGAUUGGCUAACUGCUUCCUCAAUUUGUACUGAUUGGGAGCGAAUAUAAAUUGUUGGCGUUUCGAGUGAUUUCCUCAUCUGUAGGCAAAUAGAUUUUAAAGUUAUCAGGAACAUCACUGCCAGUGCUCUCUUCUUGCUGCUCCCAUCAGGAAGGAGGAGCCUCAGGACUCACAUCACCAGGUUCAGGAACAGUUAUUACGCCUCAACCAUCCGGCUCCUGAACCAGAGGGGACAAUGUCACUCACCCCAAACCUGAGCUUACUCCCACAACCUAUGGACUUGCUUUCAAGGAGUCUUCAUCUUAUGUUCUCAAUAUUUAUUCCUUAUUUAUUAUCAUUAUUUUUUCUUUUAUAUUUGCAUGGUUUGUUUUGCACGUUGGUUAUCCAUCCUGUUGGGUGUGAUCAUUCAUUGAUUCUGUUGAUUUUUUUGGAUUUAUUUUGAAUGCCUGCAAGAAAAUGAAUCUCAGGGUGGUAUAUGGUGACAUAUAUGUACUUUGAUAAUAAAUCUACUUUGAAUUUACGUAGAUGACACAAUCAGCUAUCGGUGUGAUGACAUUUAGACUGACAGUUCAGAUCUUUUUAUUCUGAGUCUAAUGAGGAUUUUGUCAAAGUUCCAAAUCUAAAAAUGUUACUAUCAAAGUACAUAUGUCACCAUUUUCCUGUGGCCUUUCACAGUAAAUUCAAGGAAACAACAACAGAAAAAACAUGCAAAACAAUAAUAAUAAGCAAUAUCAAGAAGAUGAGAUGAGGAGUCCGUAGGUUGUGGAAACAGUUCAGUGAUUGGGGCAAAUGAAGUGAAGUGAAGUUAUCCCCCGAUGGUUGAGGGACCUGAGGCUCCUGUUCCUUCCUAUGCCAGCAUUCUGUGUAGAUGUACUCAAAGGUGGACUGGGCUGUAUCCACGGCUCUUUGUACGACUUUCCAUUUAAGGACAUUGGUGUUUCUGUACCAGCUCCUGAUGCAACCUCUCAAUAUAAUCUCCACUACACAUCUGUAGAAGUUUGCCGAAGUUUUAGAUGUCAUGCUGAAUCUUUACAAACUUCUUAGAAAGUGGGUGCACUGCACAAGGUAAUCAUGGACUAUUUCACCUUUAUCUUGAUUUCAGCGAUACCCUGGGAAUUUAGAAUAAAACAGAAUGAUUGAGCAUUUAGCUUAAGAGGUGGCUGUCUCCAAUGUGAAUGCACAUAGUUUAUGCUGGAUUGUGGCAUGAACUGGUCGUGGAAAUCCAUCCCGGACCUGCCAGUGCGGUGGAUGCAACAAACAACCGGAUCAAAGUUCUGUACGUAACCUUUGUAGUUUCCUCACCUGAGUACUCCUCAGGAGCAGUAUGGUGCACACCAGCGCUGCUGCUAACUAGCAAUGAAUUUCCUGGCAAAAAUGCCAAAGUAACAAUGCAGAUUGUCUGGAAAAUAUUCUUUUACUUCUGAUAUUACAAAGGGAGAAAUUGUUUAGGUAACAACGAUUCCAUUUUCUGUAUUGUCUCUGAAUGUGGUCUAUCAAAAUAUAAGUCACACUUUAAAAUUCUGUACUGAUGAAGGGCUUUGGCCCAAAACAUUGUUAACUCCUCUCCAUAGAUGCUGCCUGACCUGCUGAGUUCCUCCAGCAUUUUGUGCGUGUUACUCUGGGUUUCCAGCAUCUGCAGAAUCUCUUAUGUUUAUUAUUGCACGUCAUAUAAGAUGGUGAUAAUAAACCCGAGGAACACUCACAAAGUGCUGGAGGAACUCAGCAGGUCAGGCAACAUAACUAUGGAGAGGAGUUAACAGUGUUUUGGGCCGAGACCCUUCAUAAGGCUGUUUAUUUUUCACUGUAGAGGCUGCCUGACCUGGAGUUUGUGUGUGUUGCUCACAUCUUUAAGUUGUUUAUAUUUGCAUCUUUUAGACUGGAACAUUUUAAAUGAAAAAUUAAUAAAUGAUUCUUCUGUAAAAAGAAAAACUCCAAGUGGUUUGCAGAAAUGAUAGAAAUGGGGUUAUGAUUUAGCUGUGAUUCUCUGUACUCAAUCAACACAUUAUGGACAAUUGAUGUGCAGUCUGAUUUUUUAUAAA